UCUUGUGUGCAACAGGUGCACAUUAAUAUUAAUGUGCACCAAGUUGUCACACGUGUGAACGCGCAGCAAAAUCACGAAAAGAAAGAAAAAAAAUCACGCAAAGAAAGAAAGAAAGAGGAGAGAGAAAUCGCGCAGAAAAAAUCGCAGAAAAGGAGAGAGAAAAAAAAACGCAGAAAGAGAAGGAAGGAAGAAGGAAGAACAAAAACGAUCGACAUUGAAAUCGAUCGACAUUGAAAUCGAUUGACAUUGAAGAAGGAAGAAGGACGCAGAAGGAAGGAAGAGAUCGACAUUGAAAUCGAAACUGAAGAAGAGGAAGAACAACGCAGCAAGGAGAUCGAAAUUGUGAAAUCGAUAAAUAAUGGAAAACCUAAUUAGGAGUGUGAUUCAAUCCACUCAAAGAAUUCAAGUUCCUGUUGAACCUGAUAUUCAAGAUGCAACAAUGGAGGACGUUCUCAACAAUUGCAUCGAAAACAAUGCUUUGGCACAGGAACGUGAAGAAGAGGAGGCAAUGGAAGCUGAAGAACAACAUAUUAUUUCUGAUUCUGAAGAACCGGAUCAAGAUAUUGUUGGAACACUGAUGGGAUACACUGCUGAAACAGUGGAGGAACUUCUAGGUUUCUACGAAAAACAUGCUAGUGAGGUUGGAUUUUCCAUAAGGAAAGGAAACACGAGAUUCAAAGUUGGGACAAGAAUCGUGCUUGAAAAGACAUAUGUUUGUUCAGCAGCAGGAGUAACAAACAAUGGAAAGAACAAAAAGAAAAAAGUGCAAACAGUUGUUCCUGUAGUGCCCAAAAAAGAGAGAAAACCAAGGCAAGUUUCGAUCACGAGAACGCAAUGUAGGGCUUGCUUGAGAGUGAAAAUGAAUUCUGAAGGCAGAUAUGAGGUUGUUAAUCAUGUGAUAAUGCACAACCAUGAUUUAACUAGAAGUCAAUGGCACUACUUGCAUAGAUCUGAAAGGCAAAUAACGGAAGAGAAGAGGGAGGCAAUUGAAACUAUGCAAAAAUCUGGUCUGUCAUCCACGGCUUCCUUUAACUACAUGGCAAUUGAAGCUGGAGGUGAAGAAAAUUUGGGACACUCGAAGAAAGACCAUCUAAAUUAUUGCACGAGGUUAAAAAUGAAGCAAAUAGAAGGAGGUGAUGCACAAGCAGUAACUGACAUAAUGUAUUUAGAGCUUGAAGGUGACCCAAACUUCUUUUUUAGAUUUAGAUUGGAUGAAAAAGGUAAAUUGAGGAGUUUGUUUUGGAGGGACUCUAUGAUGAUGGAAGACUAUGGAAUUUUUGGAGAUAUAGUGGUUUUUGACACAACGUAUAGAACAAACAGGUAUAACCUAAUUUGUGCUCCAAUAGUUGGAAUAAACAACCACUGGAACAAUUGCAUGUUUGGUUGUGCAUUCAUAGGAGAUGAAAAGAUUGAGUCGUUUGUGUGGCUUCUACAAACUUUCAAAAAGUCAAUGGGGGGAAAAGUCCAAUAUCAAUCUUUACAGAUCAAGAUGCAGCAAUGAACAAUGCCAUC